AUGGCGCAAGCCUCGGAUGCCACGAGGACGACGUCUGCCACAAACAAUGCCACCGUCUGGGAAAAGACAAAAGGCUACUCCAGCACAGCCUAUGAAAAAGCCUUGAAGCCCGGCUUCAACAAAGCCUACAACUUCGUCAACAAGUUGGAAAAGCCCGUGAACCGGUAUACAAACAAGGUCGGCUCCGAAACAUUCUGGCCGACGUCUCUAGACAAAGAGUCGGAAAAAGCGGCUCGCAUUCUCAGAGGGUUCUGCAAGGAUGGCUUCUACGAACAAAUUGAAGAGAAGGAAGCAAAAAAGAUAGAAGAGCGCAAUGCCACCGCGGAUGGCACCCCACAGGGGAAACAAAGAGUUCUGCAGAAAAUCCCGGCAAAGGUGAUCAAGAACUGCGUUGGUCUUGCCAUCUUCACCACCAUGCGGACAGGAUGGGUGUUUGGCGGGUCUGGAGGCUCCGGGAUCUUGAUUGCUCGACAUCCUGAAACUGGUGAAUGGGGUCCUCCAAGUGGUAUACAGACACAGAACCUGUCCAUCGGUUUCCUCGUUGGUGUCGACAUCUAUGAUUCGGUUCUAGUCAUCAAUACACGCAAAGCACUCGAGGCUUUCAUGAAAUUACGAUGCACUCUGGGAACCGAAGUCGGCGUGGCGGCCGGGCCUGUCGGUAUGGGUGCCUCCCUUGACUCUGAAGUGGUGAAGAGGCAGGCCCCUAUCUGGUCAUACGUAAAGAGUCGCGGUCUGUACGCAGGCGUCGCCCUGGAAGGAAAUCUCGUCAUCGAACGGACAGACGAGAAUGAGCGGUUCUAUGGCGAACGUGUGGGGGUAGCUGAUAUUUUGAUUGGCAAAGUUCGUUACCCACCGGUUGAAAAAUACCAGGUCCUCCUGGACACCCUGAAGGCCGCACAGGGUGACGAAAUCGACGACUCUUUGCUUCCGGGAGGAGUGGUACCAAGUGACAUGGAGCUGAUCGGAGAGGGAAGCACCUUCGGCAUACCGGCAGAAGAUGAUCCUGACCCAUACGGCGUCAAAGCCCUCGAGGCCGAAGGGCUCACUAUCCGAGAGGCAGGCACUCACCAUCGUCCCAGCGCAGAAGUCUUCGAGUUCAGGCCAUCGCCAACAAGCCCUAUAUAUUCACAUUUCUCCAGGAAGAGCGUGGAUGGAUCGGUCCGGAGUCGGACGUGGAGAGACAGCACCCACAGCUUAGCCAGCAUCGAUCGCGCAACACAGACCGACGAGGAUGAGCCAAAGAGUCCCAGCCGAAGUAUCCAGAGAGAGUCGAUGCCGUCAGCCGAAACCCCUAUGAAGCACAGCCAGAAUGUCGACGACGACGACGACGACGAACAUAAACAGCAGACAGAAUCCUUCUCUGACGUCGACUCAGAUGCGGAGAUACACACUGCGGUGCCAGUGGUAGCACGAGCGAGAGUGGUUGAGGUGCCCAAGCGGGCACCACCUGCUCUGCCUCCCCGAAACCCUGGACGGGUAGCUUCGCCAACUUCGCCCCCACCGCCUGUGGACGGAUUCGACAGAAUUUCGUUGAACGACACCGCAGAAGAGAAGCACGAUGACUUGCACAAGCUGUCGCCCACCAGUACACAUGAAAAUGCCGAGCCGAGUUUUCAUUCGAUCCCAGCAACCCCUGAUGAGGAACGAAGAGCUUCCAAAGAGCUGCCUGAGGAACGAAGAAGUUCCAAAGAGCUGCCUGAGGAACGAAGAGACUCCAGAGAGCUGCCGGGGAGUUUUAAUUAA